UUCAUCACAUGAUCAUGAACUUUGAAGUGCAAGCUGAGAGGGUGGUAAACAUGGAUCCACCGGUUCAAAUUCCUCCGGAUCAACAUCUUUGUUACGUUCGUUGCAACUUCUGCAGUACCCUUCUUGCGGUAGUGAUACCAUGCAGGAGGCUGUUGGAUACAGUGACUGUGAAAUGUGGACAUUGUAGUAAUGUAUCAUUUCUCACCAUAAGGACUACCUCUCCCCCAGCAGCUGAUCAUCCUCCUCCUGUUCAACCUCCUCUCCUUCCUCCUUUCCAGGCUGGUUUCUCCAAUAAUGAUGUGAUGAAAAGCAGGGGCCAAUCUUCAUCAUCUUCAUCGUCCGUCACAUCUAAUGAACCAACCUCCCCAAAAGCUCCGUUUGUCGUCAAACCACCUGAGAAAAAACACAGGCUCCCAUCCGCUUACAACCGAUUCAUGAAAGAGGAAAUACAACGCAUCAAGGCUUCGAAUCCUCAGAUUCCUCAUCGAGAAGCUUUCAGCACCGCAGCAAAAAAUUGGGCAGGGCAUGUACCAAAUGGAUCUAUCUCUGCUGCUGGGAGCCUCUGCACUUCUGGUUUUGAUCUUUCAGGAUUGAAAUAAUAAUUACCAAGUAUGGCCGGGUUCUUUCGAAGCGCUA